AAACCAAUUCCCAGAUUUCAUUUCCCGCCGCAAUGUUGUUAACCCUCUCUCCUAAAACCCUAUCCUCUUCUUCUCCCUUCCCUCUUCACAAAUCGCAAAUCCCUAGACGCAAACCCCCAAAUCCAUCUCGAUUCAACAGGAGAUGCAAUCCCAUUUCCGUGAAAUCGGAAGCCCAGAUCGAGAGGGGACUCGAAUUCGAUCCCGGGGCGACGUUCUUCCGCCACGAAAGCGCCAGAGGCCGCGACCUCGGCGUGCUCUCCGCUUCGCUCUACAAGCGAUCCAACGGAAGCUUACGAGUCCUCGACGCCAUGUGCGGGUGCGGAAUCAGGUCGCUCCGUUACCUCGUGGAGGCGGACGCCGAUUUCGUGGCGGCUAACGAUGCUAACGACGAGAAUCGGAGGGUCAUCACGGAGAAUCUGAGUAAGAUUGAGAGAGGUGAAGGGGACGAGAGGAGAUGGGUGGUGACUCAUAUGUUGGCGAACAAGGCGAUGAUUGAGAGGUAUAUGGUUGGUGAUUUCUUCGAUUUGAUUGAUAUUGAUUCGUUUGGGAGUGAUUCUGCGUUUCUGAGAGAUGCGUUUAACGCGUUGAAGCUGGGUGGGUUGCUUUAUUUGACUUCAACGGAUGGGUACUCUUCUGGUGGUCACAGGCCUUAUAAUUCGUUAGCAGCUUAUGGAGCGUUUAUUAGGCCGAUGCCGUUUGGGAAUGAGAUUGGGUUGCGGAUGCUUAUAGGUGGAGCGGUGAGAGAGGCUGCUCUGCUUGGCUAUCAUGUUACGCCUCUUUUCUCAUACUAUUCUUAUCAUGGACCUGUGUUUAGAGUCUUGCUUCGGGUUCACCGUGGGAAGCUACACGAGGACAGGAACUAUGGUUUUGUCACUUUCUGUCAGCUAUGUGGCCAUUCUGAUACAGUGAGAUGGGAUGAACUUGGUCUGUUGGGAUGUCCCUGCAGUGAUACAAAGGCUUCUUCUUCAUUAAUAGUUUCGGGACCAAUGUGGCUUGGACCGCUUCAUGAUGGAUCGUAUGUUACCGAGAUGCUGGAUCUGGCUAAGGAAUGGGGAUGGGUGAGUGAAGGCACCGGCAUGGAUUUGGAGAAACUUCUCAGCAUAAUGAUAGAAGAGAGCGAUCCGAGACUGCCACCCGGAUAUUUCAAGAUGGAUGAGAUGGCGAGCCGUGCGAAGAUGAACUCACCUUCGUUGAAGAAGAUGAUGAGUGCACUUGUUAAGGAGGGAUACGCCGUUAGCAGAUCUCAUAUUAUAUCCAAUGGUCUCAAAACAGAUUGUCCCAUGUCACAUUUUAUAAAGAUUGCCAAAGAUGAAUUGCAGAGUUGACUUUUGUUUCUCUUUUGUGAUUUAGUUCAAUGUAGCUGCUUAGUAUCAGUGAUGCUUCUGCUUUUAGUUUAUAAAGUCCAAGCUAUUUAACUCAAA